AUGUCGAUCGUCGCCAUUCUCCUUGCUGGUGUGACCCUGGCCUCUGCCACGCCCACUAGUCUUAGCUUCCUCACUGAGAGGUCUUCGAUAUCUACCAAUGGCGUUUGUGGAGCCUAUAACGGCACAGCUAGCUGUGCUGGUAGCGGAUUUGGGAGCUGCUGCUCACAGUUCGGCUGGUGUGGCAGUGACACCGAUCACUGCGGCAGCGGUUGUCAGUCGAAUUACGGAAAUUGUGGAGUCUCGACUACUCUGAGCUGGAAAAGCUUAGGCUGUUACUCUGAUAUCACAGACUCUCGUACCCUCAACACCACCAUUCUCGUUCCGGGUCAUACCGUUGAGGCAUGCCAGUCCGCCUGCGAGAGCGCUGGUUUCCUCUACGCUGGUUUGGAGUACGGCACCCAGUGCUUCUGCGGAAAUGCUAUCAUGAACAGCGCUAGUUCAAUUGAAUCCUCCAACUGCAAUGUCGCUUGUGCCCAGUCAGCCACUGAGAUGUGUGGCGGAUCCAACGCCAUCAGUCUGUAUGUUGUCGUGCCUAUCUGGCAAAGUAUCGGUUGCUACACCGAUAGCACUCUCAAGAGAACUCUUGCACAAUCAUACAAUAUCGCCGGUAACACCGUUGAGAAAUGCCAGGCUGAAUGUCAGUCAAAUGGCUAUGUCUACGCUGGUAUGGAAUAUGGAACUCAGUGCUUCUGUGGCAACAGCAUUGAUAACGGUGCUACUAUUACUUCUGCCUGCGGUACCGCUUGUGCCGGAGAUAGUUCAGAGGUCUGCGGUGGCGCGAAUGCAUUAAGCAUGUAUUAUCUGUUCCAUUGA